AUGUCCAGCAACGUUCUCGGUCAAACGCUUCGCUCCUCGAAGAACGCUGUCCAAAAGGCGUUCGUGGCGACGGCGCCGAGCUCGGAUAUGCUGCGCUUCCGUUCGCCGGUUCUCCAGACCAAUACGGUACGGUUUUUGUGAAAAUUACGCUAUUCUUGACUCAAAAUCUGUAGAAAUAGAAACACAUUUUCAGACCAAAUUGGCUCGUUACGGAGGUCGUCACAAUGUAACCGUGCUGCCGGGCGACGGAAUUGGACCCGAGAUGAUCCACCACGUCGAGAGAAUCCUCACCGCCGUUCAGGUACGGAAAAACACGAAAAAACCUGUGAAAGACAGCAAAAAAUUAGAUUUCAACGAAAAAGUCAGUAAAUUGAUUUCAGGCCCCAGUUGACUUUGAAAUUGUGAAGCUUUCAUCGAAAGAAGACGCUUCGGAGGAUCUUGCCGAGGCCAUCACCGCGAUUCAGAGAAAUGGAGUCGCUUUGAAGGUAAAACUGACAAAGUACAUUGAGAACCGAGAAAAUUGAGCGGAAGACGUUCAAAACUCGCUGAAAACCUAGAAAAUUCUACAACAGUUUUAUUUACAGGGAAACAUCGAGACAAAGUUCGACAAUCCGUCGUUCGUCUCCCGCAACAUGGAGCUGCGUCGUCAUCUGAAUCUGUACGCCAACGUGCUCCACUGCUCCACGAUUCCGACCAUUCCGAGCAGACAUACAGUACGUUUUUAGCUCAAAAUCCACGUUUUCGGCCCAAAAAUAAAAUUGCAUUUUUCUUUCAGGGCAUUGACAUGGUGAUCAUCCGCGAGAACACUGAAGGCGAGUACUCGGGAAAUGAGCACGAGGCCGUCACCACUCCGAAUCUUCGUGUCGUCGAAUCGUUGAAGGUCAUUUUCUGAGAAAUUAUCCAAUAAAACCCCUAAUUUUUGCAGGUUGUGACUCGCGAAAAGUCGGAGCAAAUCACGCGUUUCGCGUUCCAAUUCGCCAAAAAGUACGGGCGUAAACGGGUGACCGCCGUCCAUAAGGCCAAUAUUCAAAAGUUGGGAGACGGACUUUUCCUCAAGGUGGCCGGAGAAAUCGCGGCGAAAGAGUACCCGGACAUUGAGUUCAACGCCAUGAUCGUCGACAACGCUUCCAUGCAACUGGUGAGAAAAUCCCGCGAUUUAAUCUGGAUUAUUAGCUACAAAUGCUUAUUCUUCAGGUCUCGCGCCCACAACAAUUCGACGUGAUGCUCAUGCCGAAUCUGUACGGAAACAUCAUUUCAAACAUUGCGUGCGGACUCGUCGGAGGACCGGGACUCGUGUCCGGAAUGAACAUUGGAGACGAUUACGCCGUUUUUGAGACUGUAAGUUUGAAAACAUGGAAUUUUCCUGAUUUCUCUGGUAAUUGCAGGGAACGCGCAACACGGGAACGUCUCUGGCCGGAACGGACCGCGCGAAUCCGACGGCGUUCAUCCGAGCGUCGGUCGAUAUGCUCCGCUUUUUGGGACUCCAAUUGCACGCCGACAUCAUCUCCGACUCGCUUUUCCGCACCCUCGUCGACAAGAGAAUCCACACUGCUGAUAUUGGAGGCACUGCCAAGGUUUGCAACUUUUUUCAGGGCUUUCUUAAAAUUCUCUAUUUCAGUCCUCCGAACUCGUCCAAUCAGUCAUCGAAUUCAUCGAGAAGGAGAUUGAAGAUCGCAGCUAUCGCGUCUAA